CCUCAACACACCUUUCACGCAGCAAUGAUGUGAUGCUGGACGUGGACUUACUCCGCUGACCUUCGAGCGCUGGAGCGGCCGUCUUCAAGAUGCCAGAGGAUUGCGCCAAUCCGCUACUGGCCAAAUGGCUGAAGGAGUGGAUGGAUAGAGCGAAGGAACAGAAUACCAAAGGCUACACAGUGUACAAGAAAGCCUACCAGUCGAUGAUAGCUUGUCCUCUGCGCUUCGAUCAUCCCUCAGAGGCUCAGCAACUCAACGGCCUUGGACCAAAACUAUGCGAUCGUCUUACAGACCAGCUUAAGAAGUUUUGUGAAGAGAAUGGAUUGCCCAUGCCUGUUAAAGGCAAAAAGAGAAGACAACAGUCAGGACUUGAGCAAGAAGAGCCUCCUCAAGGGGAACAAGAGUCGCCAAAACGGAAAAAGCGAAAGGCUCAACCAUACGUUCCGAAGCUGAGAUCUGGCGCCUACGCAUUGAUCAUGGCGUUGGCCACUCUGGAUCAGGAAAGCAACCAGGCCAUCCCAAAGGACGAGCUAACCAGACUGGCGCAACCUCACUGCGACUCCUCCUUCGAUGUACCGAGUGACCCUACAAAGUUUUACACCGCAUGGCAAUCCAUAAAGACUCUUGAGAGUAAAGAGCUGAUAUGCACAAAGGGCCAUCCAGCAAAGAGGUACUACUUGUCUGAUGAAGGCUGGGAGGUUGCGGUGCGUAUGAAAGCAACACUGGAGGGAGAUAGCGUGCCUUCAUCCAGGCCCAAAGGCAAGAAGCAGGCGGCCACUCGCCUGCCUUCUCCUUCAAGAUCACUUUCCCCCCAUAUCCUGCCAACUGUGAGACCUAGCAUAGCCGCCAGGCAGUCACCAGAGAGGCGGCGGUUCGAGACAACAAUUACACAGUCGCGGCAAAUUGCCUCAACGAGCGGACGGGCAACCUCCAAUGUUGUGGAGUUAUUGUCCAGUCCUGAACCGCGAUCGCCUGCCUUCGCACCAGAGGUGGAAGCCUUCAGCGCCAGUGCUCGAAAUCUUGACGUACGAUCAGUCGGCACUGGCGCAGACUUUGACGGGGCCGUCCUUCUUCCUCCUGACAGUUUCGAGGUGAGAAUGAUCCUUGAUAUGCGCGAAAUCCGAUCAACAACCGAUCGGGACUACAUCUCCGCCGAACUGAAGAAGCAUGGUGUCAAUCCUAUCCUCGCUGCACUCCCUUUGGGAGAUGUACUGUGGGUUGCAGUCGUCAAUUCUUCAUAUGCCAAUACACUCAAAGCUGCAAACGUGCACUCAGAAGAAGGUCAAGCCGGUGAGUUGUGGAUUGUUCUAGAGCACAUUCUCGAGCGUAAACGACUUGACGACUUGAUCAGUAGUAUCAAGGACGGCCGCUUCCGCGAGCAAAAGUUCCGUCUCCACAAGUCUGGUAUCAAGAAUGUGGUAUACUUGGUGGAAGCAUAUUCCCUAUCAGCAGAGAAGAGUGAGAAGUAUGGAGAUGCAGUUGAAAGCGCCAUUGCGAGCAUGCAAGUCGUUGACGACGUCUUCGUGAAGCAAACCUCCAAGCUAGACGACACCGUUGCAUAUCUGGCUCGCAUGACCAAAACACUGAAAGGUCUGUACGAAAAGCAAAACAUCCACGUUAUCCCCUUACGAAGCUUUGAAGCAGAAAGCGCUUCCACGACGUUCGAGCGGCUGAGGAGGUUAUCACCAGAAAAGACUUUUGGAAUAACAUUCUCUGUGUUUGGUGCUAUAUGCGACAAGUCAGACAGUAUGACGCUAAGGGAUGUCUACCUCAAAAUGCUGAUGUGCACAAGAGGCGUGACGGGUGAGAAAGCCGUCGAGAUUCAGAAAAUAUGGCCUACACCUCGAGCACUGGCGGAAGCCUUUGAGGUGCUGAGUAGAGGCCCGCAGAAGGAGAACAUGAUAAGUGACAGGCUUGGAAAUGCUAUCCCGAAGAAAAAAGUGGCAAAGGCGCUCAGUGCCAAAAUCGCCGCGGUCUGGGGUUAGUGACUCCGAACAGAAGGGACAUGCAUACUGUCGCCUAGACCUUGGAUCAAAGCAACCACGACAUCGUUGUUGGAGAUAUUCUUGACGAGAAAAGGAAUGACGAGUCCAUGGUGGUAUCUAGCGUUUUAUUCUGUAUAGAUUGUUGCAAAAUUGGGCCUAUGUCACGAAAACGGCCGGAUGGGUAUAAUGUUAAUGAGAACAUCAAGCCAGCAGUAAGAUACUGGAUAUGUGUUCCUAGCAAUACGUGACAAGAAUUUAAG